ACAUGCCUCGGAUUCCUUCCACACUUUGUUUUCAGCCAUGCCGGAGCAGGGGCUUUUCAGGUUCGCAAGCAUGACUGUGGGGUGGAGGAUCCUGCUGCUGUUGGCCUGGAUCUGCAUCUGCCUUCCUGUCGAGGCUGGAGGUGCUCUGGUUGUUUCCAGGAGUGAUGCUCUGACACAGGAGCCCAAAGAAUCCAUGGAUGCCAGAUCUAUGAAGAAACGAAGCACAGACUCUGCAAACGUAAGAAACGUAAACAUGGUGGAGGUUCACAGUGUCAGAGUCGCCUGUGCAGUGAUGUCUCGCUUCGCCCGCACCGUCAUGACCUCGAAGGCUUUGAAUAAAGCAAACCACUCGCAGGAAGUCUUCUUCAACGUGGAGCUGCCAAAGACGGCCUUCAUCACCAACUUCAGCAUGGAAAUUGACGGUCAAAUGUACGUUGGAGAGGUGAAGGAGAAAAAGACAGCAAAGGAACAGUACGAUAAGGCUGUUUCCUCUGGACGGACCGCUGGACUGGUCAAGGCCUCCGGGCGAAACAUGGAGAAGUUCUCAGUGUCUGUGAACAUCGCAGCGGAGAGUUACGUGACCUUUAUUCUGACCUACGAGGAGCUGCUUCAGAGGAAAUUCGGCCAGUAUGAGAUUUUAACACGCGUCAAACCUGAGACACUCGUGCAGGACUUUCAGAUUGUGGCAGACAUCUAUGAGCCUCAGGGCAUCUCCUUUGUUGAGGCCACUGCGACGUUCCUCACCAAUGACCUGCUUCCCCUGGUGGAGAAAACGGUCACGGACAAAAAGGCACACAUUUCCUUCUCACCAACACUGGAGCAGCAGAGAAACUGUACAGGAUGUGAAGGCACCGCCAUCAAUGGAGAUUUCGUCAUCAACUACGAUGUUAAAAGAGAAGGGGGCCUCGGGGAAGUGCAGAUUGUGAAUGGACACUUUGUGCAUUUCUUCGCUCCUCCGGAUCUGCCCAGAGUUCCAAAGAAUGUGGUGUUUGUGAUCGACAGGAGCGGAUCAAUGAGCGGAACCAAGAUGGUGCAGACCCGCGCCGCAUUGGUCGCCAUCCUGAACGACCUCCACGUGGACGAUCACUUUGCUCUCAUCGCAUUCGACAACAAAAUUAAAACCUGGAAGGAUUUUCUUACCAAGGCAACGAAGAAAAACGUGACUGAAGCCAUUGCCUUUGCCAAGAAAAUAAAAGACGAUGGAGCCACUAACAUCAAUAGUGCUGUAUUGAAGGCAGUGAGCAUGUUGAAGACAGAACGAAGCCAGAAGAAGCUUCCAGAGAGGAGUGUGGACAUGAUUAUUUUACUAACUGAUGGGAUGCCAAACUCUGGAGUGUCCAGACCGGCGACAAUCCAGGAGAAUGUGCGUGAUGCAGUUGGAGGGAACAUGUCUCUCUUCUGUCUUGGAUUUGGAAAAGAUGUGGAGUACUCCUUCCUGGAUGUGAUGAGCAAACAGAACAAAGGAGUCGCCCGCAGAAUAUAUGAAGGUUCGGACGCAACGCUUCAACUCCAGGGUUUCUAUGAGGAAGUUGCCAACCCUCUGCUCUUGGACGUAAACCUCCGUUAUCCUGACAACGCAGUGGACCUGUUAACCAAAAAACACUUCAGCCAAUUGUUUAACGGCUCAGAGAUUGUGGUGGCCGGCCGUCUGCAUGGCAAUGACAUGGACAACUUCCUGGUGGAAGUCAUUGGCGAGGGGCCGGACCAGAACUUCCAAGUGCAGGGAAAGGCAAAUGUGCAAAACUGGGAUGUGAUCUACCCAGAAGAGGAGUACAUCUUUGGGGAUUUCACAGAGCGUUUGUGGGCGUACCUCACCGUUCAGCAGUUACUGGAGAGCAGUGGAAGUGGUUCUGAGGAAGAUAAAGCCAAGGCACUGGACAUGUCUCUGCGGUACAGCUUUGUCACCCCUCUCACCUCCAUGGUGGUCACCAAGCCGCAGACUGAGGAUGGACCUGAUAGCCCUCUCAUUGCAGACAAGCUGACUGAGAGCCAGCGACAGCAUGAAGAGAAACACCCACUUUCCUUAGAGCGUCCAGUUGGUAGCUCUAGUGCUGCUAGCUCUAGUGUUGCUAAUUCCCAUCGUCCCAGUUCCCGUGUUUCCAGCUCUCGAGGUACCAGUUCUCGAGGUUCCAGUUCUCACUCAGAUGUGGACGGAGACCCUCAUUUCAUGAUAGAACUGCCAAACAGAGGCGAUGCCCUGUGCUUUAACAUCAACGACAAACCAGGAACCAUUUUCACUCUGGUCAGAGAUCCAAAAUCAGAUUUUUUGGUGAAUGGCCAAAUUAUAGGCAAGAAGACAGUUGUUCCUGAUGCUAACGCCAACACCUACUUUGGGCGUUUUGGCAUCAGCCACCAGAAGCUGGGGGUGAGGCUGGAGGUCAGCACUGAGGAAAUCUCCGUCUUCCAUGACGGUAAACACGUCAAGCUGCUGUGGACAGAUACAGCAUCUAUCAAAGAAACCAAUAUGGACCUCAAGCUUACAAAGAACUGCAGCCUGACUGUGACGCUGAGGCACUACGUUAAAUUCAUGGUCAUCAAACACACAAAGGUGUGGAAGAGACGCCACGAUCAGCAGGACUACCUGGGUUUCUACACUGUGGACAGCCACCACGUGCCUGCUUCAGUUCAUGGCCUGCUUGGUCAGUUCUAUCAUGGGUUAGGUAGGUUUGAGGUGGCAGAUCUGCACUCAGGAGAAAUCCAGGAGAAAUUAGAUGCCACCUUGUAUGUGAAGGGACAACACGUCAACGUGACCAGACACUGGCAGAAGGACUUCAGUGAGGACGUGAAGAACGGGGAAAGUAUCCCCUGCUGGUUUGUUAACAACGAUGGCGCAGGACUCAUUGAUGGAAGAGCCUCAGACUAUAUCGUGUCAGGGCUUUUUAAGACGGUUUGAAUGUUAAAAACUGAAAAACAGUGACGGCAGAUUCUCACGAGUCACGACGCUGAUCCACAAGCACAAAAACAACUGGGAAAACAACAUUUUAGUUGAAGAUAAUAUAAAAUUGUGGUUUAUAAAUCCAGCCUGAGCAACAUGUUGUUUUUAAUGCGGUUAUAUGUCUGCACUCGUUAUGUAGUAGCUUAUAUUGCCGCUUGUAUGACACAACUGUGACAUACGCUAAAGACAACAAUAACAAGUUGUCAAAGAAUUCGUGCAAAAUCUAAGGCGUGUUUUAUAAAGUUUAGAUUGGGCUGCAAUGCUUAAUAGAUCACUAAAGUAAUCUCAAUAACUAUUUUGAUAAAUCAGUGUUUUUUAAUGAAUAAAAGGCAAAAAGUAAACAAAUAAUGCAGUUAAGAAUUGUUAUUUCCCUUUUUUCUGCCAGUGGUUUGUGCUUCUUUUCUUUUCUUCUUUUAAUAAACAGAGGCUUCUCCUAUUAAGGGAAAUAAUUAAGGGAUAAAAUAACCAAAGGCAGUAUUUCAAAAUUACAAAAAAAACUGUUACCACAAAUAUUCAGUGUAAAUAUUAAAAAAAAAAAAUGCUCAGAAACUAUGUAGAAUUAAACAUAAACCUAUUAGGCUUAUAAAACUGCCUAAUAAUCUACAUCAUUUUAAAUCUGCAACGUCUUUAAGAACGUGUUUCACGCUUUUAUUUUGGGAACUCAUUUUCCCAAAAAAAACCUUUCCUCCAAACUACACAUGGUACAUUCCCUCAAGAACCUGCCAUAAAAGGAGACUGGUGUGGUAGUUCCUGAUUUUGAAAAUAUAUUUAAACAAAACAAAACCACAAAAUGUUGUCACUAUCUCUAAAGAUAGGUGUCAAUUCAUAUUCCCAAGUGUUAAUCUUUAAGGUAACUCACCAACUGAACUCCAGAUACCUGCCAGAUUAUGCCAGGAUGAGACUACACAACAUUCUUGUCUUCUGCAAUGGUCACCUGUCAUCAGAUUAUCGAUCACAGUGGCAUGGAUUCUCGCUGUGUAAAGUAUGACCCAGUCAUCGUUCACGACACUAGGUGGUCAUCGGGGAGGCGGGGCAAAGAGUUGUCAAUCACUGGUAGACACUUGAGAAGACAUGAAAGAGGCAGAGGUAACUGUUGCCAAAAGUCAAGGAAAUGUUGGAUUAAUUGAUUAUAAAAAAGAAUCCGUAGCUGUAGCCCUGGUUUACAUAAUUUAGAUUAUCACUACAGCAUGUCAUAGUUCAUUUCAUAGGAAGUGUCAGUAUUUAUUUGCAACAUUGUUUCCUUUUAAGAAAUUAGAAACUACACUGGACUGGUCCAAAAUGGUUUAACCAAAGCUAGAUUAUAUAUAUUUUAUAUAUAUACAGUAUAUACAUAUAUUUUUCAAGUAAAGGCUAUUAAUCCUUCUUUCAACAUUGACAGCAAACAUAUUUAAAAUAUGUUAAUGUCACUUCCUGUUACUGAUGUUGAAUGUUGUAAACUCUUUAUUUUAUAGUAACUGUUUUGACACUGGUUCUUAAUGUGAUGUGAAUAAAAAAGUAAAUAAAUACA